AUAUGAUAAAAGGGUUCGUCCUAAUUAUGCAGGUCCACCCGUCGAAGUUGGGGUUACUAUGCAUAUAAUAAGUAUUAGUUCAAUAUCUGAAGUCCAAAUGGACUUCACGUGUGACUUCUACUUCCGUCAGGGCUGGAGAGACACGAGACUAUCAUUUGAGAAGAGGCCCGGAAUCGAUGCCCUGUAUGUCGGGGCCGAAGUGUCUGACCGGAUAUGGGUUCCCGACACCUUCUUUGCUAAUGAGAAAUCCGCUCAAUUUCAUUCAGCUACCACUCCCAACACCUUCAUUAGGAUCACAUCCAAGGAUGGAUAUUCAAUGGCAGACAUUAUGUACAAAUGGGGUAUCGAUGGAAAAGGUUCUGUGGGAAUGUCAGACCAGGUUGAGUUACCACAGUUUAAAGUCAAAGGACUUAAGCAAUUACAGAAAAUUGAAUAUUUAAGCACA